GCAGCCGUGGCUUGGGCUGGCGUUCAGUGUCACUGGUGAGGUCGUCGUGGGAGCCGCGCGCCAGUGUAGCCGUGGAGAGUGGCGGCACGUGCUGUGUUAGUGGAGUGCGGCAGGCGUGUGAGGCGUCACUGGGCAGCGCGAGGACAGCCGGGGUCUCGCCGCACGCUGCCGGCGCGGGGGAAGGGCUAAGCUCCUCGGGGGUGUUGGUUGGGCGGCCGUGUUUACAUGAUGACGGUGGCGGAGGCGGAGUUGGUGAGGCGGGCCGCGGAAAAGGGACGGAGCGCGUCAUUCUGCGCUCCGUCCCAGCCGCUGUCCGCCCUCCACGCCGCCCAUUCCUCCUCGGAUAUCACCAUGGACGCCCGCGCCCACGCCGCGGCCGCCCUCGUCCAGGCGUCGCAGCAGCAGCAGCAGGCGUCAUCCAGUCCGCGCUCGAGGCUGAAGGCGUCACACGCCGCCCGCCGCUCACAGUCGUGCCGCGUGCAGGGCUCCAGGCCGCCCCGCGUCCGGCGGCAGGAGUCUCCCCGGAGCUCGGAGCCCAGGUUCGAGUUGGACGCUGACGCCACCGCUGCCUUCACCCACGCCACGACUGAGGACGCCUCCACCUCGUACAACCCCUUCCUACGUAAAGUUCCCUCCUGCGGCCGUCUGGUGACGCUGACGCCAGAAUGCGGCAGCGAGGACGCCGACAGCUCGCCGGUGCUCCGCCGCUCGGCCUCCGCCCGCCGCCCCUCCACACGCCCGCCCACAGCCUCGUCUCCCAACCAUUCGCCCACGCCCACGCGUGUCACCCGUCCACCCCAGAACACCCGUCAGUCGGGCAAAAAGGCCACUGGGCUGGUCAGCCGCGGGUCACGCCGCAGCGCCACAGGCGGCGGUGGCGGCGGCGGCGGCGGCAGCAGCGCCGCGGGCUUUCUCGACGUGAAGCCCUCGGGCUCCAACGAGGGAAUCGACCCUGACUCUUACCUUCUGAGGAACUUCUCCACCACCACUAAAGCCUACGGAAGGAGCCCUCGCAUCAUCAACAGGGGAGACUCAUUUAGACGGCGCCGGUCAAGAAGUAACAGUACUCAGCCCCCUCACGACCUGGCCCCCAACAGCGGUACGCCCCCCACCAUCACCCCCCUCAACGCCCUGGACCUCAUCUCGCCCCCCCUCACCCCUGACCACAUACUCAGCUCUACCACAUCUCAGGUGGCCACGCCGGAGUCAGUGGAGGAGGUAGAGCCAGUGUCCAGCUUCCGUAUGGUGAUCUUUGGAGCCGCUGGGGUGGGCAAGACAGCUCUAAUCCACCAGUUCAAGACCUCUGAAUGUAUCAAUGCCUACGACUGUUCUACUACCAAUGACGAGACGGAACAGUCCAUCUCCAUUCUGCUCAACAACCAGGAGUCUGAAAUUGUCUUCGUUAAUAUAUCAACACCUCAGGAGCUCCAGGCGGAGCUGAACCGGCCCAGCCUUCCCGAGGGUUGGCUGCUCAUGUACAGCAUCACGGACAAGGCGUCGUUCCAGCGGUGCAGCGAGGACCUGACCCGCCUUCACAGCCAGGGGGCGCUGCGGGGCCGUGCCGUCAUCCUGGUGGCCAAUAAGUGUGAGCUGGUCAGAUCGCGAGCUGUGUCUGUUGAUGAUGGGCGUGACCUGGCGUGUAGCUACAAUGCAAAGUUCAUGGAGAUCAGUGUCGGCAUUAACCACAAAUGUGACGACCUGCUGGUGGGGAUCCUGAACCAACUAAGACUGCGAGGCGAGGCGGAGGCAACAGAGGAGGAGGAGGCGCCCAAGGAGAGGAGCUGGACCAGGAACCGUAGCCUGAUGAGGGCGUCGAUGAAGGCCAAGCGAGUCAUCAACAGAAUCAUGGGCAAGACAGAAGCGAAAUACAAAAGUUGCGAGGACUUCCAAAGCUAGUGAGGCCUGAGUCACCCCUCCGACACCCCCACUCCGACACACCACACCCCCCACCCAGGCCUUAUGUAACUUUGCAUCGGGGCACCCUGCACUGCCCUGCCCACCCUGCCUCACCCUGCCUGCCUGCUGCUGCUGCCCCUUCAGUGACCCCAGCGUGUGUAUGUCUGCGUGUGCGUGCGUGUGCGUGUCUGUGUGAGUUUGUGUGUGUACGUAUGAAUGACUCCAUAGAUCUGAGCAGCUUGGUGUACACAGACUGGCUGGAAGUGUACAUGUCAAACACACACACACACACACACACACACACACACACACACACAUACAAACACCAGGAUAUUUCGAAGUCAAACAUGUAAUACCUCAGAUUAAGAACAUAGGAACUGUAGCAUUUCUUUUCGUUUUUUUUUUAUUUCGUUUUUCCGAGUUUAUUUAUCGAGAUGGCUUAUUUAUUAUCACAUUUCAAGCAGUCUCGCCCGUAAAUAACUUCCCUUUGUGGCUUUUGUGGUCAUUUUCGAAUGUUUUUGUAAAGGUUUUCUAGUCUGUGUUUACCUGAUGCUGCUGCUGCUACUGAUGAUGAUGAUGAUGAUGAUGAUGAUACUAGGAGGGCGUCUUUGUCAGUGGUUCAGCCGUGUUUCAGCCCCUCACUCCUCUCACUACAUCAAAAGGCUUUAUUUAAAUGUAUACGAGUUUUAGGGUGUUUUACGGUUCUAGAGGCAGAGUGACAAGAUUUCUGCAUUAUUAGCUGGAGAAACACUCUUGAAAACCCCGCUAAUCAUCUCUACGGCCUUGGAAAAUAGUCGUGGUGAGAGGAUAGAGCGUUUUUAAGAUGUUUUUACGGUUCUAGAGGCAGAGUGACAAGAUUUCUGCAUUAUUAGCUGGAGAAACACUCUUGAAAACCCCGCUUGUCAUCUCUGUAGCCUUGGAAAUUAUUCGUGGUGAGAGAGCAAAGCGUUUCUGAAUACCGACUACUGUGUUGCUUAUCUCGCAAUGUUGUGUUUCUUAAGUCUUUCUUUUACAUACAUUGAAUUUUCUCUCUUACGUCUCGCUCUCUUUAGUCUGAGUUAAUUUUCAUCGCCACCGUGUCCCGUUUUCUAUAAUAUUGGCUUUGUGAGAGGGCGAGCAAACAGUAUUAUGUGUGUGUGUGUGUGUGUGUGUGUGUGUGUGUGUGUGUGUGUGUGUGUGUGUGUGUGUGUGUGUGUGUAUGUGGUCUAGUUUUCGUCAUCUUUCUUUUCUUCUUCUUCUUCUUCUUUUUCUUCUUCUUCUUCUUAUCUUACGCCUUCAUUUUGCAACUUUUGUGUACUUAAGUGAGGUGUGUGUGUGUGUGUGUGUGUGUGUGUGUGUGUGUGUGUGUGUGUGCAUGAGUGAAUCUCCCAGAAGCAGCCAUUAAUAUUUCAAACAUCCACAUGUAGGUUUCCAUCAGUCAACAUUUAACACAAAUAAAUUCAUCUCCCUCAUUUUCACACACUUAAUCCUGUCAGUCAAUCUAGUUUACCACAAAGAUCCACGUAACCUACACACUUCCAUCUAUCUCCAAUUAGCAAACACACUACACUCCUUCCCUGACCCAGAAAACCAACAUAGCUCAUUCGUAUUGGAUUCAGUUAGCUCGUGGGAGAAUAAGAGUGCUGUGGCCUUCACCCCUGACUCUGCCACCAGGGGGAGCCAGAAUAGCACUAGUGGCUCUGGAGGCGAGUGGUAGUGUUGGUGGUCCUCCCUCUCCCUCCUGCAGUGUGUGGUUCUGGCCCUCUGGUGGUGAAGUGGUGUAAAUAGAACCGUUAGCCAUUUGUAUCAUGCAAAAUACUACUACCAGCUCUCUCUCCAUAUCAUCUUGUACUGUAUUACAUUAUUACAUCCCCUGCGUCUCUCUCCGCUCUCCAUAGACCCUCGUGAGUGUAAGCAUUGCCCAUAGUGUACUAAGCUGUAUCUCUAAGGUGUGGUAUGUUACUCUAAGCAGCCCAGGACACUUGCAAAAGAAAUGUUAAUAUAUUGUAAGUUUAAGCAUGUCAUGUCCACUCGCUGACUGAAUAAGACAAGCAGGGUUUUUUUUCCCCUGUUAGAUGUGAGCCUGUACAGUUUGUGUUUUCCUUCAGACAGAGGUUCACUCAGUCCCUCACCGGCCCUUGCUUGUCCUGGCCGCCUCAGUAACGAGUUCCCACAGGUGUCUUGCCUCACCUCACUCAAAGGACACACACACACCCAAGGCAGCUGACUGACAACAUGCCCUAGAGGAAAAAUAAGUAUCUUGAUGUUGAAAUGAAGGAACUGUUGAACUUUCCACUUUUCUAUGAGUUUCUAGUCAGUGUACAGGGAGUGUGAGAGUCAGAAGAGGAAAGCAAAUGAAAGAAAUCUCACUUCACCCAUUUUCACUUUGUCUUUUUUGGGUGAGUUUGCAGUGAGUGUACAGUGAAGGAGAAAGGUACACAGGCAGGUGUCAUCCAAGGGUGUGUUGCGGCAGUGUUGUGUUGCCUCCCGCUGUCUUGUGUCGCCAUGUGCCAGUCACCAGUGCCUCGUUUCUGUUCAUAGCAAAGUGCUUCAAGACUCGUGUUCUGUUUUGAGCUCAUGGGGAAGUCAGCGGCCAGUAAUGGAAACACACACACACACACACACACACACACACACACACACACACACACACACACACACACACAACUUGAGCAGUAAUAUUUGAUGACCAUUAUUGACAUUUAAAAAUAGAAAUGUCAAAAUGCAAGUGAUGAAGAAUGAAAAAUGGUACACUUAAUGAAAAGAUUUGAACUGUGGGUAAUCAAAAUUUGCGAAUAUUCAAAUAACAGCCAAAUUUGAAGUAAUCUAACCUGUUUGUUGACCUGAACAUAACCUACUCAUGAAUCAUAGAGCACACUCAGGUAAAGAGGUAGGGAGGGAGGGGAGGAGGACAGGCACUGGUGACAUGGGGCAGGCAGGCACCACACAGGCACCACACACCUCUCUAGUCACUGUCCUGCUGCACUCCCCUCUUGCCUUGUGUGCCCCAGCAGUAUGAAGUCCUCCGCUGUUUAGAAUCAGUCACGUCACAUUUGGGCUGUCAGCAGAGAGGAGGCAGCGCAGAUGAGGUGAAUGCAGUGGUUGGCAUGACUUUUAACUAAGCC